AAUACUUAAGUAUAGCAAUAUUUUUAAAUACAAGACUACUGUAAUAGUAUUGCGUCGUUAUGUAACUAAUGUUUAUGCAAAUGCGAAGCACCAUUAAGUCCAGUAAUGCGUGUACCGGGCGAGCGUCGUAUUCAUCGAUGUCGCGGCGGCUAGUGUUCCACGGCGCUCGGCGCGCCUAGUUCAGUCGCGUGUGUGCCAGCCGCCAGUCGCCAGUCGCCGGCCGCCAGUCGUCACAGUAGUCCACGGCCGCCAGUGUGCCGGAGGGCGCGGGCUGCGCCGCUCGUGUACAGCAGCCCGCUCGUGUCGCGAGUGCAAAUGAUUCAGUUUUUAUGGCGCUCAUAUAUCAGCUCCUGCGAGUGUUGGUGCUGGGUGUGACCGCGGCGGCUUGGGGCGAUCUUCCAAUAACAUGGUCUGGGGGGCGUGUGUCGCUGCCGUGCGUGGUGGCUGGUCAGCUCCAACCUCGACGUACCCUGCCACUGGACGACGACUCCGCGAGGCCCAAGCCCUACAUCUGGAUGCGGGAUGGAGAAGUUAUCAACACUAAACGCAUCUCUCAGAAUGGCACUCUGGAGGUGAGCCGUAAGGGCGGCGGCAGUGAAGGCGUCUACCAGUGUGGUGUCGCUCAUCAUGGCGGCCUUGUUUUGGGCUACCCAGUACAUCUUAAGUUUUCAUAUAUGGAUAAGCAAUUCUCAUCUCAACCAGAGGAUGUGAAGGCCGGUCUGGGCCAACCCCUGUCGAUCCGCUGCCUCAUUGGCUCGGGGCCGACAGCUUCUACAGCAUGGACUCGCAAUGGAGUCGGUCUCCCAACAACUAACAGAUAUCAUUUCCUAGAAAGUGAACUCUUAAUUACCGAUGUUCGUAGAGAAGAUGGAGGCUUAUACAGAUGCAUAGCUACAAACUCCUUUCUAAACAGAAGCCGGAUAAGUCACGAAGGUCUCGUGACGGUGGAAGACUCUCUAGCCAGUGAUCCAGCCUUCCUGAGGAUACACACAGAGUAUAAAAUAGCUGUGAACAGGGGGAGUAGAGUGCUGUUGGCUUGUCCAGUGUUGGGCUGGCCGAGACCUCAGUUGAUAUGGGAACUGACUCCGCCGGGGGGCAGUCCCAUCGAGCUGAAGAACAGAGAGGAGGUCCUGGUUCUAACGAAGUUGGAGUACGACCAGGAGGGUGUCUACACCUGCCUGGUAGAAGGUCGGAGUGAGUUGACUAAGUCGUUCUCGGUGUCCAUCACGGAGCCGGUGCGGAUCACGCUGCCUCCACAGUCCAAGGAGGUGAUGAGGGCCAGCACCGUCAGGUUCAACUGCACCGCGGCAGGCAGGCCUGCGCCCACCGUGCACUGGUACAAGGACGGAAAGAGACUCGCUCUGGCUGGACGGAUCAAUCUCCGUAAGUCCGCCGACAGGAGCCGCAUCGAGCUGGUCAUCAGCGGAGUGACCUCCAACGACGCGGGGAACUACCAGUGUUUCGCCCAGUCCGGCGAGUCGUGGGCGUCAUGGUGGGCGCGAUUGGAGGUGUCGGGGACGGGUGCGGCGGCCCCGGCGGCCGUGUGGUGCGCCCCCGCGGCCGUGGCGGCGGUCGCUCUCAGCUGGACCCCUCCCAACACCACCGUCCUGGCAUACACCGUGGACACCACCUCCACGGACAAAGACGGUGUGGCGAUGAUCGGUCAACCGACCAACUACACGGAGGACAUCGUGAAGGUCAAGGAACCCCUGACGCCGUACGUGUUCCAGGUGCGAGCCUACGUCAAGUCGGAUCACAACAACAGGAACGUGGCCACGGACAUGUCGGAGAGCGUCGUGUGCCAAGGACAGGGAGUGCCUAUAACCCUCUCUAAGUUGGAAGACGACAAGGUGCAGGUGUCGUGGAAGCAGUUCGCCGAUGAGAACCCUGGCGUGGUGCAGUGGAUCCUGCAGUACCGACACCAGAACUACACCGACGACCAGCAUAACGUGACCCUGCCCGCACAAGUCACCAACUACACGCUAGCAGCUCCGGCGAGUUCCCCUCUCCUCGUGAGGUUACUGGGGUCUAGAUCGUUUGAGUGGCUCAAACAGAACCUGACCCUAGUGCCUUGGACCUCCACUACCACAGCUGGCCGCGACGAGGACGAUGGGGAGGUGACGGUUAUCCCCCAGGAGCUGGAGGUGUCCCAGGUGUCGGAGCGCGGGUUCACGGUCCACUGGCGCUGCGAGCACGAGUCGCACUACACGUACCUGGUGUGCGUCAGGGCGCACGGGAACGACGAGUGUCAGGAGAGUUACAAAACCACCGCGACCAUAGAAGGUCUUCAGCCGGACACCGAGUACGAAGUGCGAGUGCAGGUUCGAGUCCCCGGACGAGCUCUGGGCGGCGCCUUCACCGCUCCUUACCAUGUCAGUACACUACCCGAAGGUCCUCACCGCUUCAAAGACAUCACAUACAAGUUUGUGAACUCGACUGCCCUCCGCGUGUCGUGGAGCGGCGACCCGUCCCGCUACACCGUGCGACACAGCGCGCAGCUCAAGCUGCCCGUGGAACAAUGGGCGGCUGUGCACACCGUGGGGAACACAGUACUGAUCACGGGCAUCGACCCCACGGAGCAGACGUUCGUGAUGGUGACCGGCUACGACCCGCUUGACUACAGCCCCAUACUGAACGUGCCGGCGCAGAUAAAGGAUUUAGAGGCUAAAGAUCUAAAGUACGUGUACACUCGGUCUGGCGUGUCGGUGUGGUGGAGCGGGGCUGGGCCGCGAGUGGUGCGGUUCGCGCAGAACAUAACACAACCGUUGGAGACCUGGAGCGUCGUUAACGUUACAGACUCGAGGGUUGAGCUCAGCGUUCCUGACCCGUCGCAGCCAUUGUUCGUGAUGGUGACGAGGGCGGGCGGCGCCAAGCGGCACCACGUGCUGACCAUACCUCCUAAGCCCACCUCCUUCUUCUACUACUAUUUAGGAGCAGGCGUGGGCGGCGCGCUGUGUGUGUGUCUGUUGAUUGCGGGAUUGGUCUUUGUGUGGAGAGUUAAAACGAGGCGAAACAGGUCGGUGAGAACUGUGACUGCGUCAGGUGUCGAGGAGGAAGCUUCCGAGAUGAGGGUGGCGCGAGUUGCUAACGGCGGCGCCGGGGAGCCGCUGCUCAAUGGACACGUACACAUCACAGAGAACCCCGCGUCCAAAACGACGAACAUCAGAUCCAAGAAGGCCCGCUGUGUGGAGAGCCCCGCCUACGACGCCUUCGACCUGUCAAGACACGAGGCCGACACGACCAUGGAGACGGUGCUGGACGACACCGCCCCCUACAACCUGCUGGACACCUCGCGCCGCCCCGAGCAGCGUUCCUCUGCCGACCUCGCCGACACCUCCUUCAACAAGCUGCCCGACGACAACAUGAACUGCGAGCCCACCCUCCAGCCCAACGGAUGAGAACACCUCGCCGCAGCCCUCGCAAAACUACACAGGGGAUGGCGCCCCCGCAACACGUGUCACCGGAACCUUCGCCUCGGGAGGACGGCUCGUUUCGUUCCUCAUACACUUUAUUUCGAAUGACGUGAGGCCGGCCUCGACCACAGCACGGGCUGGCUCGGUCACUCGGAGCGUGCGGUCCAGCGACGGCCUCACCUCCCAAGAUCAUACACAUCGAGACAAUAAACCGAGAGGCUCGGUUACAGUGACUCCCAGUAGUGUCGCACCGUCGGAGCGACUCGAGCGUACAAAGUGCAGACCAAAUCGAUCUACCCGCAGACCUGAUCACAUGUAUAUAAAGUAUACGUAUAUGUAUAUAAAGUAUUUAUUGGACACUCGGCAGUCGUCAGCCAACCUCAACAGCUAUCCCACGGAUCAUUCCCCUCCACACCAGGCAGCGAGUCCGCGCGCCCGUGCGGCGGGUCGGGGCGGGGCGGGCGGUGUCGGUUCGUCCGUGGAGCGGCGUCCGUUGCAUAUCACACUCUAAUCUACCUCAUUCGGGUCGCCUGAGGUCCGUCCUCGUCGUGGCCGCGACCCCGGCUCCUCUCGUUGUUUUCUAUGUAUGUUAGCUUCCCCGCCGGCGGUGCGUCCCGCGUGCGCACCCCCCCGCGUGUGUCGGUCGUCAGUCCCCUGGCGGGUGGUUCCUGUCGACGCCCGUCGCAUGUCCCUCGUGUCUCAUCGUUCGUCCGGCGCUCGCAGCGUCUCCGUGACGAAUGUUUUCAUUAUGUUUCAUAAUUAAUGCAUUGGAAGCACCGCGUCGGUACAAGUCGUGUAGUAAGUAGAUGUAAAUGACCUAUUUAAGUGUAAGAUACGAGUUGGGUUCCGUUGAGUUAGUUUUCGUUAUUUAUAGAGUCCACGGUCCACGGUCCACGGUCCUCUAGCGAGUCGUUGCGUUCUGUAGGUUAAGCUCCGGCCCAGAGACACCUCCGGCGUUUGUAAAUAGACUCAGUUAAAGUUAUAAUGGAUAUGUAAUGGCCGACUAUGUACCUGAAUCUUCAAUUACACUAAGUUAACUUAGGGUAGCGUUAGCUCUUACAGAUCUAGAUUAUAUACGUCGCUAGGAUUCGAUGACAGGGUCUAGAGCCUCGACUGUGCUGCCGUCUGGGCGCGGUCGACGCCGGGGUUCGUUCACAUUGACUUGUUGAUUUGAUAUUAAUCACAUGAGUUCGCCGAAUCUGAGCUCGCCGCCCGGUCUAUAUUAUUUCUUUAAUGUUUUUUACACACGUUAUCUGAAAGUCGUCCAUCGCCGACCCGGCACGGUGCGGCAGACUGCAUCCUACCAGCGACACACGACCAGACGAGUUGUAAAGUGGCGGCGAUGAAUAUGUAUUUUGUUAGAGGUCACUCAAGGUUGUGUUACUUUCGACCAGUUUAUCGUUUGCUGUAGCUUGUAUUUACGGAUAUCGCUAAUGUUAAGGAUGUUGACUCCGGAGCACUGUUGGUCGCCGAGGCCUCGCAGCCUGUUGUUGACGGAGGUCUCGUCUACGUUUUAUAGGAGGCGAUGAUAGGAUUUUUUAACUAUUGAAUUAAUAAAAAAGAUUUUAUUUUGUAGAACGACGACCACUUGAUGUGUGAGCUGUCGCCGAGCAGCCUAGAGUCUAGGCCCCGGUCUGUUAUCACUACGUGUGUUUUGAUUUCGUCGAGGUUUAUAGGAAGUCGUUUAAGGUCGCUCGUCCGUCCGUGGAGUGAAGUACGAACUAAAGCCUGAACUACGUGCCUCGUUAUUGAUCGGAAUCUCAUUUUGCAAUAUGUUGUAUUAUCGAAUGUGAUCGAACGAAAGGCUUAGGUUUUGUUUACGGUUCGACAGAAUAGAUGGCGCCACUGGAUACAGAUACGUUGACCAAGGGACGUCAAUUAUACCUUUUAAAAUAAAUUAUAAGAUUUUCAUUUAAUGUUUUCAUGGAGAAGUAAUUUCAAAGGUUUAUUCCGUGGUUCAAUAGUAUUAAGUGUUUUUUUGUAUUCACAAAAUGAGUAGUGGUGUCGGUCGGCGCCAUCUACCGGUUUCCUUUCGGAACGACUUAUUAGUUAAUUUUUCCAUUCCAUUAGUGGGUUACGUUUAACCCGUAGCAACCUCAACACAUUCCAAUAGCUGCAAUAGUUUUCCUACCAGAUUUUAGUUCCUGUUAUGCCGACAUGAGCACAGACACAGUUGUUUCAUGUAUAUAUUGAAUUUUACGAAUAGAUUUUAUACAUGGUGUAAAUAAUAUGAAUAUAACGUUACCUGCCCUUCCUGAGAGCUUGUGUUCGGUUCCGCGUCUCGUCCCGCCGCGUGCGGAUCUCUACCGCUUUCUGUUUCGUGGAUUAGGUUCGGUUCUUGGGAACUAUGUACUUAGUGAAACGUCCGAGUUGCCGUUCUGGUCUAGUUUAUAUAUUUAUUUAUAGUUCGUUUUGUUCGCCGCAGUUUCCGUCUUCCUCAUUCUCCGCUCUCGUUUCGUUCGGUUCUGUUCGGUUGGAGCGCGAAGCUCGGCCUCGAGGGUGACUUGGAGAAUGAUGUAGUUUGUAAGAAUCACUGAUGUCUAAACACUGUUAUAGAGUUAAAAGAUUAUGAAGGAAGCUUCGUUGAUAUUAUAUCGGAUAUUGUUAUUGUGAGUCACCUUCGCACGGAUCCGAGGUAGGGAGCGGUCUACACUGACGUGGCGUGUGGGCGACCGAGCCGCCGGGGAGCGCGGCCGCUCGGUCAGGAAUUAAAAUAUUUCGAUUCAAAUCGUUAAGAAUACAAACAAUAGUAUUAGGAGACUUUAAUUUUUUUUAUAAUAUUUUAUACAUUUCGUCAUCCGCCUUCGUGUUAUCAUAAUAAAUGAUCACUUUAUGAUGUAUCGCAUAAUCGUGGCCUUAUUAAUGAGAUUGUAUCGACACACUAACGAACGGAAUAUUUUAAUUUGCUAUCAUUUUAUUAUAAGAUUUAAUAUUAACAUGAUUUUUGGGAACACUCGCAUCGAUAGUCACGAAAAAGUUAAAAGUUUGACAAAAUGAUAAACAUCCAAGGACCAGUCAGCAAAGUUCGAGUAAAGAUUUAAGGACAGGCGAAUGUGUUUCCAACGUUUCAUUUCGAGUGUGAGUAAAGUCAAGGUCAGAGAUGCGACAGUGUUCCCAAGGUCGUAUAGUGUAAGAGUCGACGUACGAUAAAAUCUACCUCAACCAAAUUACCCAUUAAAGUUGUUUGUAAGUGUUCUCUCGAGUCUUAUUAAUAAUUACAGUAGUGUUUUGAUAAUAAACUUAUUACUAGUUCCACUUGACGUUUUGAUAUGGUAAUUAUUGUUACCAAUCGUAUUGAAUGUGGUUGUCGGUGUGUUGCCGCGGUAUUGUCAAACGAAAAUGAUAUUAAAUUUGAGAAUAAAUGCUGA